GUUCCUCCUCUUCGUUUCUACCAAAUUCCAAACAGUAUCAGUACCCGCCUCUUAUCUCAAACCGAGCUCGAGCCCUCUCAUCUUUGUUCUAAACAAUGUCUUCGUUAACACUUCCGAUUCGAAUUUCUCUACCUUCCAACGACUCUUUUUUCAACGUUCAAUCGAAUAAAAACAACGACAAAACUCACCCCAAACUCCUCUUCUUCCCCAACAACAACAACUAUAAAUUGAGAUGCUCAGCCACCGACCAACCACCACCGCCGCCGCCACCACGGCGACGACAAUCGAAGAACACGAAAACCAAGUCCGACGCUGAGAAAGGGAUUGACCCAGUUGGGUUUCUUACUAAACUCGGCAUUUCCAAUAAACUCUUCGCCCAGUUCCUCCGUGAAAGGCAUAAAUCAAUUAAGGACCUAAAAGAUGAAAUUUUCAAACGCUUCAUGAAUCUGAAGCAGAUAGCUUCUGGAUUUGAAUUAUUAGGCUUGCACCGCAAUGUGCAACAUCGGGUGGAUUUCAUGGAGUGGGCUCCAGGUGUUCGCUAUUGUUCACUGGUGGGUGACUUUAAUGAAUGGUCACCAACGGAAAAUUGUGCAAGAGAGGGCCAUUUUGGGCAUGAUGAUUACGGAUACUGGUUUAUCAUUCUAGAAGAUAAAUUGAGGGAUGGAGAAAAACCAGAUGAAUACUAUUUUCAGCAGUAUAACUAUGUGGAUGAUUAUGAUAAAGGUGACUCAGGUGUUACCGUUGAGGAGCUCUUCAAGAAAGCAAAUGAUGACUACUGGGAACCUGGGGAGGAUAGGUAUAUAAAACAUCGUUUUGAAAUUGUAGCUAAGUUGUAUGAGCAAAUAUUUGGUCCUAAUGGACCUCAAACAGAAGAAGAAUUGGAAGAAAUACCUGAUGCUGAGACAAGGUACAAGGCAUGGAAAGAACAACAUAAAGAUGAUCCGCCCAGCAACUUACCUCGAUAUGAUGUGAUUGAUGAUGGAAAAGUAUAUGAUAUUUUCAACAUUGUGGAUGAUCCUGUAUCACGAGCAAAAUUUCGUGCUAAGAAGCCUCCUCUUGCAUACUGGUUAGAGAGUCGUAAAGGAAGGAAAGCGUGGUUAAAAAAAUAUUCACCUGCCAUCCCUCAUGGAAGCAAAUAUAGGGUAUAUUUUAACACUCCUGAUGGGCCUUUGAUUAGUUUACUCAGAGUUAAUACUUUUGUAAAUCCAGACGCUGAUGGAAAGCAAGCUUUUGCUGUCCACUGGGAACCACCUCCUGAAUGUGUAUACAAAUGGAAACACAAGCAUCCAGAAGCGCCCAAGUCUUUGCGUAUUUAUGAAUGUCACAUUGGAAUCAGUGGAUCAGAGCCAAAAAUUGCCUCAUUCAAUGAUUUUACAGAGAAGGUCCUUCCUCAUGUAAAAGACGCAGGAUACAACGUGAUCCAGUUGAUUGGACUUGUUGAGCACAAAGAUUAUUUCACCAUUGGCUAUAGAGCAACCAAUUUAUUUGCUGUUAGCAGCCGCUAUGGUACACCUGACGACUUCAAGCGCUUGGUUGAUGAAGCACAUGGACUGGGUCUGCUUGUCUUCUUAGACAUUGUCCAUUCCUACUCAGCAGCAGAUGAGAUGGUUGGAUUAUCGCUUUUUGAUGGAUCAAAUGAUUGCUACUUCCAUACGGGUAAACGAGGGUAUCACAAAUUUUGGGGUACCAGAAUGUUCAAAUAUGGAGACAUUGAUGUGCUGCAUUUUCUUCUCUCAAAUCUGAAUUGGUGGGUGGUAGAGUAUCAAAUUGAUGGUUUCCAGUUCCAUUCACUUGCAUCGAUGAUUUAUACACACAAUGGUUUUGCUUCUUUUACGGGUGAUAUGGAAGAGUACUGUAACCAAUAUGUUGACAAGGAUGCUUUAAUAUACCUCAUUUUAGCAAAUGAGAUAUUGCAUGCUCUUCACCCCAGUAUAAUAACAAUUGCUGAAGAUGCAACACUUUAUCCUGGGCUAUCUGAGCCAACUUCCCUAGGAGGAUUAGGCUUUGAUUACUUCGUCAAUCUUUCGGCAUCUGAGAUGUGGUCAUCAUUACUUGAGAAUGUUCCUGACUCUGAUUGGAGCAUGAGUAAGAUUGUGAGCACAUUAGUGGGCAACAGGCAUAGUGCUGAUAAAAUGCUUUUGUAUGCUGAAAAUCACAACCAGUCCAUAUCUGGAGGACGGUCAUUUGCAGAAAUAUUGUUUGGUGAAACCAUGGAGCAUGCUUCUGACAAAAGGGCAUUAUUGUUUAGAGGGUGUUCACUGCAUAAAAUGAUCAGAUUAAUUACUUUUACGAUUGGUGGCCAUGCUUACCUCAACUUCAUGGGCAAUGAAUUUGGGCAUCCAAAGAGGGUAGAGUUCCCAAUGGAAAGUAACAACUUCUCAUUUUCACUUGCCAACCGCCGCUGGGAUCUGUUGGAAAAUGGAGUGCAUUCUGAAUUGCUUUACUUUGAUAAGGACAUGAUGAACAUGGAUGAAAAUGAAAGAAUUCUUUCAAGAGGCCUUCCAAACAUUCACCAUGUGAAUGAUACUACUAUGGUGACAUCUUACUCAAGAGGUCCUCUUUUGUUCAUAUUCAAUUUUCAUCCCACAACUUCAUAUGAAAAUUACAGUGUAGGUGUGGAGGAAGCUGGAGAGUAUCAAGUCAUACUGAAUACGGAUGAAAAGAAGUAUGGUGGUCAAGCACUUAUUGCGCAGGACCAAUACAUUCAAAGAACUAUUAGUAAAAGAAUCGAUGGUCUCCGAAAUUGUUUGGUAGUGCCACUGCCUUAUAGAAGCGCUCAGGUUUACAAAUUAACCCGGAUUUUGAGAAUAUGAACUGUCAUACAUCCUCAAUCUUGCAGUACUGUGUGUGAUUUUUUGAGGCAUUGAAGUCAAUAUCAUGAUCUAAUGAGUUGGUUUAACUUAUGUCGGCUACAUUUUUUAUCCCAAAAGAUUUGAAGGGCAAAUUUUCAUAGAAAAAUUAGAUGAUUUGGUCACCAACUUAGCAUGCAAGAAGGGAAGAAGAUCCAUUAACUUCGAUGCUCAUACACAUCCUUGGUCACUCAUAUUCUGAGGCAUACACUUCUGGUUGUGUUGUGGUUGAUCAAUCUCUGUCUCUGAAGCUCUGUGUCGUUCUAUCUUUAUGAAAGUGUGUAGAUUGAACAAUUACUAGUGUUUCGUCAGGUCUACGUGUGACUCAAAGCACGUGCACAUUUGGAAACAAAAUGGGGGUUCUUGAACCCCUGCAGUUGAAGGACUUUCAUACAGACGUCCUAUCAUGCUGCAAUGUAAAUGUGAUUGUUGUUUGAUUUAUAAGGCUGUUUUUGGUUCAGGGGUGAACAUUCUGUUGCAAAGAGACUUCUAAAUCUUGUAAUUAAUCUGAUUCAAAGAGGGUCUUGAACAGUUGCAGUUUGCAAGCUUGAUCACAUUUGAGAAAUGUUUCCAGAAAGUUUUGUAUUUUACAUGAGAACUCAGAUCAUGAUUAGAGAUCUCAUUAAUUAGCAUAACAUUUGCUUUCAAAUUUCUUGAGUUAUAUUAGCUCACUA